AUGAAAAAUACACUAUUUUGGUUGAUAUUUUUCACCACUGCAUGGACCUUCAUUGAUGGAUCUGAAAUGGAACAGGAUUUUAUGUGGCACUUGAGGAAAAUACCCCGGGUUGUCAGUGAAAGGACUUUGCAUCUCACCAGCCCCACCUUUGAGGCAGAUGCUAAAAUGGUGUUAAGCAAAGUGUGUGGCAUUGAAUGUCAGAAAGACCUCCCAGCUCCCAACCUUUCUGAACUAGAGGAUUCUCUUUCAUAUGAGACUGUCUUUGAGAAUGGCACUAGAACCCUGACUAGAGUGAAAGUUCAAGAUUUCCUGGAGCCGAUUCAAAAUUUCACCACAAAAGGAGCAUCUGUUAGGAAAAAGAGACAGGUUUAUGGUACUGAUAGUAGAUUUAGCAUCUUGGACAAAAGAUUCUUAACGAAUUUCCCUUUCAGUACAGCUGUGAAGCUCUCCACAGGCUGUAGUGGCAUUCUAGUUUCUCCUAACCAUGUUUUAACCGCUGCCCACUGUGUUCACGAUGGAAAGGACUAUAUCAAAGGGAGUAGAAAGCUAAGGGUAGGAUUGUUGAAAAUGAGAAAUAAACGUGGGGGCAAAAAACGUAGAGGUUCCAAGAGGAGCAGCAGAGCAGCUACUGGUGGCAACGCAAGAGAGGAGACCAAAGAGAACCUGAAGGAGAGAGCCAAAGGUAGAAGAAGAAAAGAACCUGGUCGGGGACAGAGAGCCACUGAUGGGAGGCCUUCCUUCCAGUGGACCCGCGUCAAGAAUACCCACAUUCCAAAAGGCUGGGCAAGAGGAGGUGGGGGGGAUGCCGCCCUAGACUAUGACUACGCUCUUCUGGAGCUGAAGCGUGCUCACAAAAAGAAGUAUAUGGAACUAGGAAUCAGUCCAACUAUCAAGAAGAUGCCAGGAGGAAUGAUCCACUUCUCAGGAUUUGAUAAUGACAGGGAUGAUCAGUUGGUCUAUCGGUUUUGUAGCGUGUCUGAUGAAUCCAAGGAUCUCUUCUAUCAAUAUUGUGAUGCAGAGUUGGGCUCCACUGGCUCUGGGGUUUAUCUGCGUCUGAAGGAGCCAGACAAAAAGAACUGGAAGCGCAAAAUCAUUGCUGUCUAUUCAGGCCACCAGUGGGUGGAUGUCCACGGUGUUCAGAAGGACUACAAUGUGGCCGUACGUAUUACGCCCCUCAAGUAUGCUCAGAUUUGCCUCUGGAUUCAUGGGAAUGAUGCCAAUUGUACUUACGGCUAA